CUCUCAUUAUAGCUGUCAAGAGCUGUCCUUUAUACUUUCUUUCAAACUUCAAUUGUCCUUUCUUUCUCUCAAAAAAUGUCUUCAAGUUUACUACUUCAUCUUCAUCAUUUUCUCUGAACCCAACAAAUGUUUAAUGGUGUGCUUCGCCUAGUUUCAUUCAGGGUUGCACAGGCGAAGAAGAAGCAGGAAACGAGAGAGGAGUGAACUUGUUGUACGCUUGUGUCAAGGGCGGCGGGAAAUGAGUGCGUCGAGGUUCAUAAAGUGCGUCACGGUGGGCGACGGUGCCGUGGGCAAGACUUGCAUGCUUAUCUCCUACACCAGCAACACAUUCCCUACUGAUUAUGUGCCAACUGUAUUUGACAACUUCAGUGCCAAUGUGGUUGUGGAUGGAAACACUGUUAAUCUGGGGUUGUGGGACACUGCUGGCCAAGAAGACUACAACAGAUUGAGGCCUUUGAGCUAUCGUGGAGCUGAUGUCUUCCUGCUGGCUUUCUCCCUUAUUAGCAAGGCCAGCUAUGAAAAUGUUGCUAAGAAAUGGAUUCCUGAAUUGAGGCAUUAUGCACCCGGUGUUCCAGUUAUCCUUGUUGGGACAAAGCUUGAUCUGCGGGAUGAUAAGCACUUCUUUAUGGAUCACCCUGGUGCAGUGCCCAUCACCACAGCUCAGGGGGAGGAAUUGAGAAAGUUAAUUGGAGCUCCUGUUUACAUUGAAUGUAGUUCAAAAACACAACAGAAUGUGAAAGCCGUCUUUGAUGCGGCCAUCAAGGUGGUUCUCCAACCACCAAAGCAGAAGAAGAAAAAGAAGAGAAAGGCAUACAAGGCUUGCUCGAUAUUGUGAUCUUUUGAAACAAAGAGUUCCAAGAGAAAGUCAUGACCCAAUUAGCCAUUUACUCUGCUAGUUUCUCACCAUGUCCCUUAUCUACUCUCAACUCCAGAAAGCAGCGGCUUGUGGUUUGUAGUCUUAACUGACAGAAGUAGGGAGCUCUCUCUCUCUCUCUCUCUCUUGCUUUCUAAACAUCACAAUACAAUAUAUGUUUCUUUGAAUCUUUCUGUGUCUGGAUUGUACCCGAUUCUGUAUAUUAUGGUAGUACUGUUGUGUGUUAACAUGGAAACUACCUGGAGUUACCUUGGUUUUAGACCUGCUUCAUUUCUUUACUAGUAUGUGGAAGGAAGAGCUUCUGUAAGAGAAACCAAACUGUCCUUCCUUGUAUCAUGUGAUGUAAUCUGAUAUAAUACUCUGAAUGGGAACAUAAAAUAUGUUGGUGUUU